UUCCUUCACGCUCUCCACGCUCUCCUCUCUCUCCCCCUCUCUUUUUCUGUCGCGAGAGCCAUGUCUACUGCUUGAAAGCCUUGGGAGUUUUAUUAAAGGGGAGCUGUUUUGGGUUUAAGGUGGUGGAAGGAUGGGGGAGGUGACGGAGGGGGAUAACGGCAAAGUUAACGGAGGAGGAGGAGGAGGAGGAGGAGGAGAGGGGGAGGUGAGGGUCCUGGUGGUGGAUGACUCCGCGGUGGACCGAAGGAUAGUGGAGGGCUUGCUCAAGAGGAGUGGGACCAUGUUUGAAGUAAUUGCUGUUGAUAGUGGAAAGAAGGCAAUGGAAAUUCUUGGAUUAAAUGAAGGGAAGGCCGAGUCUCCAACUGUGAAUGACAAGAAGAUUGACAUAAUCCUCACUGACUACUGUAUGCCAGAAAUGACCGGUUAUGACCUCCUAAAGGCUGUUAAGGAGCAGAGCUGCCCAAAAUCUAUUCCUGUGGUCAUAAUGUCAUCAGAAAAUGAGCCACAGAGAAUCAACAGAUGCCGAGCCAUCGGAGCUGACGAUUUCAUCCUAAAGCCUCUUCAAACAAAAGAUGUGCAGAAGUUGAGAAGCUAUGCAACAUCAAUGGCACUGGCAUCCAAAGCAGGCACCAAGAGAAAGAUGCCACUAGACCUAAUGGGUGAGAACAGUGGUUCGGAGAGGAUACCGCACCUUGCUGGUGUGGCAGUGGCAUAAUAAUAUUCAUCUCAUAGUUUGCUUUCUUAGCAGAUCAGUCUUGAACUAGUAUGAUAAAUAACUUCUCAUAUUGUAGCCAGAAUCUUGUGCCUGUUCGUAACCUUUUGUGUUUUUUCCCCUUCUUUUCAGCUUCCAGUUGGGCGGCCUUUUGGUUAGACUCUGCUCGGCGCUUUUCCUUCUACUGUGUGAUCUUUCUUUGUUGGUGUGCAUUAAUUUUGUAUGAACGUUCUCUGAAUGGAAAUUUAUAAAAGCUCUUAUAGUUCUAAA